UGUUUACAUGACAAAUCACCGUUGCAAUUGCAAUGAGCAGGCUAAAUAAUGUUUUUUUUUUCCUACAUUGUACGAUUGAAAAUAACAAUAUUAGUGCGCUAGUAUUCGCGGUGCAGAGUUUUAAACGGUUUAAAUUUUAUUCUGAAUGAGUUUUAGUAAUAGUGCCUCACACUAUGCUGAGACAGGAUGUCUCCAAUGUUACUGCUACUGCUAAAGCAUGCUCUUAUGCUGCUCAUCUGUAUCGCAGGUGACAAGCUGCAACUGGUAGUCCAGAAACCGCAUCUACUGAGAGCAGUAAUCGACAAUGCCAGCCACGCGUUGAUCGGUUUGAUAGCGUCCGAAAUAGUCGUACAUCACUACAAAGACCACCUGGGAAGAAGCCAAAUGUAUGGCCUAAUAGCUACUGGAUGCGUUCUUUCCUCCGUCAUAGAUCUGGAUCAUUUCAUCGAAGCUAAAUCAUUCCACUUAGAGGAUGCAACAAGCCUCAGCAGACGACCAUUCCUCCACAACUCUUCAAUAUUUAUGGCUCUUCUUGGUUCUAUCGUCGUUGCUGUUAGCCUUCCACAGCAUCUGCUAGCAUCACUCUGGUUGAGUGUAACUUUUGUGGCAUUUUUCACCCACCAACUGAGGGACGCCAUCCGGAGGGGUUUUUGGUUCCGGGCCCCGUACCUUGAUUACAGUACGGCUCCAGUCAUUUAUUGGGUUUAUCUGGUGCUCACGCAACUCUGUCCACACGCUUUGAUUCAGUUACUUUCAAUGCAGGUGCGGAAAGGACGAAUGGUACCCGUGACCGGGGAUCAUGAUGUGAAGUAUAAACCUUUGGACGUGGUUUAGCCACCUUAGAGGUGGACGGUUUGUUCAUCGUGAUUAAUACGCAGUGCCAUUACCAUAAACAACUUUUUGACUGUUCAUUACCACAGUUUUAGAGGAGUCGCUGCAAAUUCAAUGCGGUCACUAAAUCGAAGGUAGUUUAUUAAAACAUCGUCCGCCUCCAUUAGUCAGAAUAAAGCACAUUGCUGUGAUGGCGAUUCACAUCAAGAAGAAGAAAAUUUUCGAAAAAUAAAAAGUGGGUUUAAUUGGAACAAAAUUUGCUUUCAAAAGAGAAUCAACAAUCUGAGCGAAGUUAUUUAAAAAACACCGUUUCUGGUUCGUCGCUAAAUGUUGAGAAUAUCCAAAAUAAACGUUUUUUUUACAGACCAGACUGACUAAAUAAUAUUGGAUUUGAAAUGAAAUAAGCAUUUUACCCGCCUGGCUGGCAAUUUGGUUGCUUCAGGGACAAUGAGGGUGUUUGUAAACAUAAGUUGAAUCGGUUUCUGCUGUCUGAGCUCUUAGUCUUGACCAGCUCUCAGUUUUCUUUCAUCGCAGCUAAAUGAUUUUUUUCCACACAAUCGACGAACGAUUUGUCGCAGAGAUUGAACACACAAUAUUAAAGUACCCUGCCUAGAUGAUCAGGUUUGCAACGUAUUUCUUACAUACUGUAACAAACGAUUGAGACAGUAUUUCGCUCUAUACAAUGUGUUUACUAUUUGCCGAGAGAGUAUUUGUCUCACCUCACAAAGCUGAGUCACGAAAAAUGAUUCUAGAUAGUUUUUUUUUUUCACAAAUUUAAGCUCAGAACAUUUCAGCACUUGGUGACAAAAAUAAACUCGUUUGUUCUUGAUAAAUAGUAAUAAAUCGCCUGGUCUGCACACAUACAUAUGUAAUUAUUUGGGCAAAACAACGAAGGUUUCGUAUUUUGAUUUUAUUCGUCCUGAUUCCUAGUACAAUAACCAGUGUUAAAAAGGGAAACGGUUCGAAUCACUUUUAAUCGGUUUUAUUGCAAAAAACUCACUCAACAUUCUUAGACACGACCGGGUAACGCUUUACUCGGAACUCCCUCACAACAAUCGUCAGUCAUAUCACGACGGUCGGUCCGGUGUUUAGCACCUUUAUAUUACAAUUUCUACCGCAGUAUAUCUGUGGGUGCGGUGCCGUCUUCGUUUACUUUACCGUUCGGUACGGGUUAAUCUGAGACUAAGGCUUGACUAACAUUUGGCCUAGUUUGUUUAAAGUUUUUAUUUUCUGAUACUUUUUGUGGCUAGCAGCAAGAAUGUCAUCAUCCGUUUGGCUCAAAUCAGACUAGCUAGUUUUACCUCAGAUUUGAAAGCGCGCGCUCGCGAGUGUCUACCCUAUAAGUCCCCAUAAUCGCAUACAGUGACGGUGAUAAGGUUCACGAUAAAGCAAACACGAUAGCGAUAAUACGCGGCGAAAGGAGCGAAAUUCUUGCCAGAAAGUGAUCACCUCGUUCGGGGGAGGUGGACAGUAACGAACUAGCUGAACCACGCUAGUAAGACUCAGUGAUAAGUGUUUGUUUUUUGCUGCCGCUGGUCUGAUGAAUGCAUAAUUUGGGCAUUGCCAAUUCCGAUGUCAGCAGUUGUCAACAUGGCGAACACCAAUCCGAACGAGAGUAAUGAAAUGUUGGGAGCAGCGUUGAUAGGACGGCGAAAGAACACCGCAUCCAAGAGCAGGGCCCUAACCGAGGAAGAGAUCAAAGAUUUACGAACGGCAUUUGACCUGUUGGACAGAGAUCAGGAUGGCCACGUGACACCAGAGGAGCUGCAAUUCAUGCUGCGAAACCUAGGCAUUCACGUGCGCGACGAGCUCAUCGAUGACCUGCUGCGUGAGGCCAGCCGAACAGAAUUUGCCCGAUUGCUGUUGUAAUAAGAGCCUCCAGAAGAUCUUCCGUUCGAGCAGAAUGAACGUGCGAAUAAGGUGAGCCGACAGCAGCACUGGAGCUGGAGAAAAGGCCUCCUAGUGAAGACAACUGGCAGCCGGAAGUGUGCAAGGGUAUAUCGAAACUCGUCAUUAGAAAAGAUGUACUCGUAUGGUUUUUUUUAUGCAAUAGCCUUAGGCUUACAGUGUUACUCAUUAAGAAAUGCAGGACUUUGUUUUGUUGACUUUUCGAGCAUCUGAUAGGUGUUAUUGAGACAGAUUUUAGGACAGAAGCCUAGAGUAUGUAUGAGACAAGUGUCAGGCUCAUAGCAAAGUAAGGAGGAAAUGUUAUUAGACUUAAACCAGAAGCCGUGUGGUGUGCGUCGAAUUCACACGUAUCCCUUUAUUUGCACACAAUUAAUAACAGUUCAGUGCUGAAUGACUAGCUAAACAAAACUUUAGGAUAGUUAGCUUAACAUUGUUAAUUUUCAAUAAUUUAUUUUACCCGUUUUGUUUGUUUGAUUGUUGUUGUUAAUACCACUGAAAAAAAGAGUUAAUGCAGGUGGAUGCGUUAUAAAUAUCCCUACUAAACGUAAACAUAUAAUAUAAAGUCCAACAUACCUAUAUAGUAAUAAUCACGGACGUUUAAAAAAUAUGUAUAAUGUUUGAGGUUAUGUUUAAUGGAAAAUUUGUACAAAAAAAAUAUUCCCAACAUCUUCCCCUAACUGUUUUGAUUGACAAAGCUUCGUACGACUAACUCACGUGUUCUAAUAGGCGUGGCCUUUGUCGCAUCAUCAACGGCCUCCUGUACGCACGUGGCCUGAUCUAUUUAAGUGAAUGAACUACUACUACUAGGUAGGUUCCGAUAUGUUUUAAGUUUGAAAACUCAAUUAAGACCGAAGCAAAGCAAAUGUGGGAAAAGCAUAUACGUUUACUGCUACUAAAGGAUAAUAUCAUAGAACAAUUCAAAAAAACAUUGCAAACUAAUAUGUAAGUCUUACAUGCACAGUUUCUAACAGGAGAUGGAGAAAAAACACACACCCACACAUACACAAUAAAUUGGCGAUCGAUUGCACUGUUUAAAUACAAAGAAAUGCUUUUUGGAUAAUUUGGCUCCUCGUGAAGGUACACUUUAAUUGGGAACACUGCUUUCAAAGUUGCAAUUUGUAUUAUCACAGACUAACAGACAUUAUACAAAUCUGCGUUUGGGUAAAGUACUGUUGAUUUGUAUCAUAAAGAAUAUCAAGUUUGUUUUAGAAGGGUCACUUUCCCAAAAAUAUGAAAAAUAACAAGGACAAGUUUCGUUAAAAAUCAUGGGAUUUGUUAAAUUUGCAGUGUUAAUAGUAUGACCUUCAAAAUUAUUUAUGGUAACGAAAUACGGAGUUCAGUCCAAGAAACUUUCAGUUCAUAGCCACGUAGGUAUAAAACACGUCACUUGAAGAUUUGCAAUGCAAAAUGCAACGAAAAACACCAUAGUAAGCGAUUUACUAGCACUGACUGUUUUGCUUCUGUUGCGUUGGCAACAGUUCUGUACGUCCGAUAAUAAACGACUCACAUUCGACACGCUUCUUAUAUAUUUUCACAAACAAUUACAUAGUAAUUUUAAGUUAUAUUUCUCUAAAAUUUCACUCUUGACUCUUGAUCCACGCAGUAACAAAAAUACACGCCCAUGUUGGAGCUCUAGCAAUGUGCGAGAUGGAAUAUUUUUCACUCAUGAAAUCAAUCCUCAAUUAAAAGUGUAGCUUAAACAUAACCUCGCUGAUAAUAAAGCAAGUGUGUACCAACACAAACAUGUUAAAUAUAUGUAUUUUACCAGUCCUAACCCUUAUUCAAAAAAAAAAUCAUAUAAACUUAAAUACCAACCAAAGUUCAAAUCGAACAAAAAGUAAGUGCACCAAGUACUGCUACUGUCAAUAAAUAAAAAAAAGACAAAGUACAGAUCAACAGUAAUUGACGUUUGGUCCAUAUAUGAGUAAAUUUGCAAAAAAAUAGACAACAAAGAGAGCUAUGUCAAUAUACUAAUAAUAUAACCAUAAUGUUACAUACUCGUUAUUGAAUCGUAUAAAUUAGUGCAGAGCAAAGUUAUAGUGAAUGUUGCAAAACACUUUCAGCAAAUGGAACGCUUAUUUUAUACACGCUUGUUGUUUUCCGGGGAACAGCAAGAAGGAGGAAAAAACGACAAAUAGAAACUAAUGGUCUAUUCUUCGGAUCAUUGAAGAAUACAGGCGCUCAAUCAAAACGACACUUACACGGAUACGGUAGAAUUGGGUUUCAAAACAAUAAUACAGAAAGAAAAGAAAACUUAUUAAAUUGACUGAUUUUUACACGUAAUAGCAGAGAAUAUAACGUUUUAAUGUGAGAUUAUUAUUGUUAUUAUAGAAUGUACAUUUGCGAUAACAGGAAAAAAAUUAGAAUCACGCAGACCGAAGGUAGGCAAAUUGCAGUUUUAGAGGGAUUGUUAUAUCACCAAAAAUGUAUUCGAAAUAACUGUCGAAGCAAACUGCGUGAGCUGAACAAAUAAACUAGUCAGCCUAUACACCAGAGAGACGCCGAGACACUCACCGUUACGGCAACUGUCAACAUCAAAACGGGCGAACUGUACAAUUUUGCAUUGCCGUUAUCCGUUUUGAUGUUGACAGUUGCCUUAACGGUGAGUGUCUUGUCAUUUCUCUAAUAUAUAGGUUCCCUAAAAUAAACGCUUGAAUCACGUUUGUAAAACGUUCCAAUUCACAAACCCAUCCAGUUCUGUUUUGACGUUCCAUGGAUGCUACACGCUCGUAAAUAAUAACUCAUGAACUGAGCAACUCUGACUCAGUUUAGAACGAUGUUCGUAGACGUCAAAAAAUGAGUAGAAGUCCUUUUUGAUUUUGAGUAACUUUGACUCACUUUUUGGGUUCCCUUCAUAUAACUUCUUUCUGAGUAACGUCGCAUAUAACGACGUCCAUUUUGAAAGAUGAUUACGAUGUGCUUUAGUUUGUAACAUAUGUUUUUUAAUUGUGUGCGCCUCAGAAGGCAUUAUAACUGUUUACUUUUAUUAAAAGGUAAUUAUUGAUGAACAUGUGGUGUCGUUUAUUGGCCGUGGCGGAUUUCUAGCCAGUAAUGAAACUGAACUGUACCCAAAAAAUCAGUAAUGUCGUACUCAAAUUUUGAAUAAUAAUGACUCAUUUGAGAGACGCCUAGUGUUACUCAAUUUUGAGUAUUUGUGGAGUUACUAAAUUUAAGAGUUGUUCCACUUUUUACGAAAAUGCGUCAAAUGUUACUCAUUUUAGAGUUAUUAUUGACGAGCGUGUAAGUUUUUAUCAAUCGCAGUAACAGAGCACGUAACAUAGAAACUUCGGUAAACAGAGAACGUUUUGUAUCAAAACAAAACUUUCAUUGUUUCUUGUUGUUGCUAUGUUACGUUACUUUUUGUUACUGCGACUGAUAAUGGCUUCACUUCAAUAAAAUGUCAAAAUGGAAAACUGGAUAACAGUGUUAAUGGAUAAACGUUGUAUUUUACAGGAGUUAGUUUACUCCCAUUCACAGAAAAUCUAAGUAAAGUAAAAAAAAUACUCUACAAGUUUGUAUUAUCCUCUAGACAUCCUUUUCAAAACUCUCACGAAAGUGAUAAAACUUCCCCCUCCGAAGCAAUAUGGAAUGUGUUUUCAGAAUGGCAAAACGUAACUUCUUUGCUGUAUCCCAACUCAAAGAUGGAUGGUAUAUCGCAAACAUUUUUUAAUUGAUAGUGAACAAUGAUUUGAUAGCAGUCACACUUUAUCAUGCUAUUUCUUGUUGUUUUAUUAUAGAUCCCAGAACAUGUUGUGUUGCAGAAAAAUACAACCUACAUCCGUACUCAAUAUAAUCCAAAAGAAAGACAUUAAAUGUGCUUGUAUUUUUGGAAGCAUUUUCAUGCAGAUCAUAUUUAACGUGUAUUACGUUACCCGCUUCUAUUUGAUGUCUAUCCAAAUACCGAGGCAAACAGAAAUGCAUCUGUUUUCUAGAGCAUAGAAUCUAGUCAUGCGGUUCUGAAGAAAAAAAAAGAUAAAUUAACGCUAGAUAAUAAACACUGUUAAGUGAUUACCAUAUUUACAUUUGCAUGAAUACAUAGAAAUAAAACAGUAAAAUGAAUUCGCGAGAAUUACGUGAAUGUAAGAUAUAAGGGAAGGCAUAAUCAGAGCUGAAAUGAUGUUCGCUUCCAAACAAACCGCAUAUUGUUGUCACAGUCUCCUAGUUUCCUACCAAAAGCUUGAUUUCUAUUUAAGUUUUACUUUUUUCAUUAAGCUUGGUUUUAACAGAUGGUGACCCAUACAAAAAAUCCCGUUUUUCUGAUACAACCUCCAAACCCGACUGUCGCUCCUUCGUGCUAGAUAAAAUAUUCUAUGGCAACUAGAUGAAGUGAAAAUGCUUCUAUCCUAGUGGUUAUAGCAUCACUUUCUUUAGUACGACGAAUUUUCACGUAUGCAGAAACUGAUCCAAAAAAAUCUAGUCGUCCUUGGAUAGAAAGAAAAAAAGUAAACAGGAAGAACUUGCAGAGCAAAAACGAGCAACAGUAAGUAAACUGGAGAAUAGAGAAAAAACUAAAACAAUAUCGUGGCCUUUUUAUUAGUCAACCCGACACGCUGAAAGCAGCAAAGUUAAACAGGACAAAAUAAAAAAUAUUGUUACAUUUUAUUAGUGCAGCGUUUUCGCCGGAUAAGUUGACAAAUUUUGUUCUUUUUGAUCUUCUUUAUGAGUAUGAUAUGAACGGAAUAAGAACCACACACACAAAAAAAAAGCAAACAUGUGACUACAUAGUAAGUGAUUAUUCAAGAUUAUUGCUACUGUUUUUUAUAUAAAGCAAGUAAUCUACAGCAAAGCAUCAGUCAUUGUGUUACUAAUGGAAGAAUUUUAAUAAUCAAAAAAGAAGCAGAUUAUUUCAUGUUAAGAGAAGCGAAAAAUGUUCCAAUAUUCUCAUUGAUACGAAAAAAAAUCGAACAAUAGCCGCAAUAUAGACACAGCAGCAAAAAGGAGGUUUUAACACGAUAUUUAGGAGCAAAAAUCAAAGGCCUUAUACUACAGGCAUACCAAGAGUGUGGUGAACAAAUUAACAAACAAACAAAAACAUUUGGAAAGCAUCAACAACAAACAACAAAAGCAGCAUACUAAAAGGAAGAGUUAUAGAAUGAAAUAAAUAGUGGUAUUUUAAUCGUUA